AUGCCCAUUGGUGUUCCAAGAGUACCCUUUCGAAUCCCUGGGGAUAGAGAUGCAGCUUGGAUUGAUAUACUAAUCAAUCGACUUUAUCGAGAAAGAUUACUUUUUUUAGGUCAAGAUGUUGAUAGUGAAAUAUCGAAUCAACUUAUUAGUAUUAUGAUCUAUCUGAGCAUAGAGAAAGAGAAUAAAGAAUUGUCUCUGUUUAUAAACUCUCCGGGGGGGUGGGUAAUACCUGGAAUAGCUAUUUAUGAUACUAUGCAAUUUGUACAACCAGAUGUACAGACAGUAUGUCUGGGAUUAGCUGCUUCAAUGGGAUCCUUUCUUUUGGCAGGAGGCACAAUUACCAAACGUCUUGCAUUUCCUCACGCUAUGAUCCACCAACCUGCUAGUUCUUUUUAUGAGGCACAAGCGGGAGAAUUUGUCCUGGAAGCAGAAGAGCUACUGAAACUGCGUGAAACUAUCACAAAUGUUUAUGUACAAAGAACGGGCAAACCUUUAUGGGUUAUAUCGGACGACAUGGAAAGGGACGUUUUUAUGUCAGCAGCAGAAGCCCAAGCUCAUGGAAUUGUAGAUCUUGUAGCAGUUUAA